AUGCCGUACCUCGUCUUACGCAUCAGAUCAUCGACACUCAGUGAACUGAUCAGAUCAUCGACACUCAGCUCAGGAACUCAGACCUUAGCAGGUUGCUGUGAGGUUCUCACUGCAUAUCAGUGGCUGGAUGCCGUACUGCCAACAAUAGUAAACAAAAGUCACAUGAUGCUCAAGAGAUAUUACUUAUUUACUUUACAUUUAUCUGUGGCUAAUUCUUGUAUUCCAUGUGUUGCAGGGCAGAUGUUCCUCAUCGAUCGCUUCCUGGGCAACACCUUUCUCACCUUCGGGUUAGACGUCAUUAAGUUCAUGGAAGACGACCAGGAGGUUCGGAUCGACCCCAUGAUCUUCGUGUUCCCACGCAUGACAAAGUGUUCGUUCAGCAAGUUCGGUACCUCUGGAGAGCUCGAGAGAUACGACUCCCUUUGCAUCCUUCCUAUCAACAUCGUCAAUGAGAAAAUCUACAUCUUUCUGUGGUUCUGGUUUCUCCUGCUGGUGUUUCUGACGUUCUUCGUGUUGCUCUACCGCCUCAUGAUCAUCCUCAGCCCGCGGAUGAGAGCCUACCUACUGUGUCUGCGCUUCCGUCUCAUCAACAAAGAAGUUAUAAACACCAUCGUGAGGAAGAGCAAGAUGGGCGACUGGUUUCUUUUCUACAUGUUGGGACAGAAUGUCGACACGCUUAUAUUUAAAGAGGUCAUGCACGAACUAGCUAAGAGACUCGGUCAUGCAUCUAAAGACUUUGGAGAGGCAUGAGCACCGUGUAAAUAGCCACAGGGUGUUUACCAAGAACGUCUGUGAUCCUAACACACCUAUUUUAAGAUAGUGUUCCGGUCAGUGGAGAGACCA